AUGAGUGAGUUCCCUAACUGGCCAGCAGGCAACAAAAGAUUUGUUCGCACGCACAAACAUGUCAUUAGUACAGAACCUAUCACUCGUACAAGAACUGCUCAGACAGACAGACGCAACAGAAGUCAGCUUUGGAAAGACGUCACUGAUGUGAAAGACUAUAAUUUAUUAAUCAUUGACAACUUGUGUCGCACUCCAGUAGACUAUCUAAUAGAGAACUGGCUCAACGACUUCUAUGACACUCGCAUGAAUGCUGAAGUACGAGCAGCGCGAUUGCGUCGCACAAUCUCUGAGUUAGAGAAGCGUUACAAAGGCACUGGCAGAGAGUCGAUCAAUUGGCAAUUCCUCAAGGCAUUACGUCAUCAAGUACUAGUCAUGUACAGCCUGCAAGCGGAAACGGAUAAACUGAUCAAAGCUCAACCAAAACCGGAUGGUAGUAGUGGACACUUGUCUGACAUAUCAGUGAAGGUGUUUCAUGAACUCACUGAAGAUAUGAUAAGACAGGCAACCAUAAUACAAGCUAAUCGCAAGCGUGACUACAAGAGAGCCAAAAACACAACCAUCCCUGACCAGAGAGUCACUCGUCCAAGAAUGGAUAUACCUCCAGGGGGUCCACCCAGAGGGGGUGAACCACUUGGACAACAAGGAAGACAAGGCAGAGGUCGUCCCAUAGGACAGGCUGCUGACACCCCAGCACCGCGAGGACCAAGAUCUUGUCUACACCGCGGUAUAAACCCUUUACCACAUGCGUUCAGUAAGUGCCCCAAUAAAGGCGAAAGCAACCGUCAAAGUCAGAAGCUCAAGCAGCACAGCAAUCUCAACCCGGCCAUAUCGACCAGUUGGCCAUUUGCAAGAGAUGGAUGA